GCCCCGGAGCUGGAGAGCUUCAGAUCGGAGGAGCAGAGAGCGCCGCGCUCAGUCCGGCUCCCACACUGAGAAAAGCUCUCUGUGGUGACACUAUCAGUUUCUGCUCGGGACUCCUCUGGGAUUUUACACCCUGUGUCCUUCAAGGAACUAGUGGCACUCUUUCCAUUUGCCUCGGCCCCUUUGCCCAUUUGGCAGAGCUCAGACCAGCUCUUAGGUGAAAAGGUCAGAGGGCCCCUGUUUAGCCCUGACUGCAGCUCUAGGAUCCUCCUCACUUUAACUUACCCUGCAUAAGACCAACCUGCAACCAUGACAACCAAAUCCAACAGUAGUGUUCUGGGUGGGAAGGCCUCCUCCUCUCCUCUCUUGUCCUCUCCACCCCGCCAGCGCCUGGUCACCAAAGACGGACACUGUGCCCUUCGUCCACCUCUGUGCCCUUCAGGCUCAUGGCGCGGGGCCACGGGCAGAGCCUGGCUGCUGGCCCUGCAGGACCUGUGGGGACUGUUGGUGGGCCUGCGCUGGAGAUGGGUCCUGCUGGCCUUCUGCGCCUCUUUUCUGGCCCAUUGGCUGCUGUUUGCCUGCCUGUGGUACCUGCUGGCCCACCUAAAUGGAGACCUAGCGGUGCAGGAUCAUGAUGCCCCCCCACAGGGGCAUGUGGUUUGUGUGAAACACAUUACCAGCUUCACUGCUGCCUUUUCCUUCUCCCUGGAGACACAGCUGACCAUCGGCUAUGGCACCAUGUUCCCCAGUGGGGACUGUCCGAGUGCGAUAGCACUGCUGGCUGUACAGAUGCUGUUGGGGCUCAUGCUGGAAGCAUUCAUAACAGGUGCAUUUGUAGCCAAGAUUGCCCGUCCCCAGAAGCGAGCAGGAGCCAUCCAGUUCAGCCCCCAGGCAGUGGUGGGCCAACACCAGGGCCAGACGUGUCUCAUGCUACGAGCCACCAACCUGCUGCAGCGAGCGUUGGUGGACGUAAAGGUGAGUGCUGUGCUCUAUGAGGAGCAUGAAGGUCAGGCCCUGCACCAGACCUCUCUGGACUUCCACUUGGAUCAUCUAGGCCAACAGCCCUGUCCCUUCUUCAUUUUCCCACUCACCUUUUACCAUCCCCUGGACCGCAGCAGCCCCCUCUACCCUGCCCUGUGUGAGGGCAUGUCCAAUCACUUUGAGUUGGUGGUCUUCCUGUCAGCUUUGCAGGAGGGAACUGGCGACUCCUGCCAGAAGAGGACCUCCUACCUGCGUCAAGAAAUCCAGUUUGACCGUCGCUUUGUCCCCGCCUUGGGGCUGGAUGCUCGGGGGAGAUACAUGGUGAACACCCAGCACUUUGACACUGCCCACUCAAAGGAGCCUUUGAACAAGGACUGUGUGGUGCAGAUCAACGGUGAUGGCAGUGACAGGAUGGAGUAAGGAGGCUGAAGGGGAGGUCUCAUAGGGACAGCGGGAGCUUCAGAGGGAUAAGCGGGGAAGUUAACAAUGGAGCUGAUAUUUUUGUGAGGAGGUACUUGUUUAAUCCUAAAUUCAGAUUUCAUUACCAAAUCAAAUCAUUUGAAAUUAAAAUGUAUGUCAGACAUGGGUGCUGCAGCUCCUCCAUCCAAUCACUUUGAGUCACAACCAGGGUAUGAUCCCCCACUGGCUUCCCACCCAUCAAUAUAUGCAGUUGGUUGCAAUGCCUGGCCAGCAGGGGGCACCACUUCUGGGAAUUGUGUGGGAACAAAUGCUGUUAUUUACAAGUUGGGUAUUAUUUUUGUCGCUCUGGCCAUUGGUUCUAUCAGUUGUGAUAACAUUAUGAUAACAUAACUCAGCAAGUUAAUAGCUGACAUCUCACAACAUGGCUACAUCUCUAAAAAUAUGUCCAGUGGGGCAAAAAACAUCGUAUUUGAAUGGUAAAAAUUGCUGUCUGUUGUCAUCAACUGUCACAGUACAGACCCACUUUCUGCUUCGACUUUGACCUACUUUACUUACUGUAGUUGUUUGCACCAAUGAGGGAUUAUUAGCCAGAUUAUGCUUGUUCUCACUCAGCUAAUUUGGCUAGUUUGUUUGUCAUCUGCAAUGUCCCUGCAUUCUGGGAUCUCAGCUUGCUGAGUGCAAUGUUAUCAGACAUACCUGAUAGAACAGAUGCACAAAGUUACCAAAAUAAGAACCCCUGUUUUCUUUUAAAUUGAAUCAAAAUUAAUUAUACUUUUCUUACUAUAGUGUAAGGUUUUAUAACUGGAUCGAUUAUGAUUAGGGAUGCACCGAUACCACUUUUUUUCAAACCGAUACGAUACCAAUACUUGGAUCUGAGUACUUGUCGAUACAGAGUACCGAUGCCGAUACUUCUACCACAAAAAAAAUGCAAUGAAUUGGAAGACAGGUUUUAUUUUCUUCUCUGCUUGUUACAACAAAUGAUGAUGAAUUAGAUAUAAGUAAAAUAUUAAUAAAAAUGACUAUAAAACUAAAAUUUCAAGUGAAAAAUAAACAUUUUCUGUGAAAUUAUUGCAGAGUUUCCACAUUUUAAUCAAACAAAAUAUCAAUUAACUAUUUGGCACUGUCUCCAGCUUUCAGAUUGACGAAACAUUAAUGAACCUAUUGCAGAGUGUCCACAUUUGAAUCAAACAAAAUAUCAAACUUCAGUCAGCAUGCAAUGGUGUGAUCUCUGAACUAAGCUUUUUUUGGGAAAGUGAGAGGCAGGUUCUUUUUGAUGAAAAGAAUCAUCUCUGCAUGAUCAGCUGUGAGCCUGUUUCUGCUUUCACUCACAAUGUGUGACACUGAGCUGAACAGCCUUUCACUGUCAACACUAGUGCAAGUUGCUGAAAGGUAUCUGCCCGCCAGUUUAGCCAGAGUCGUUAACCGCACUUUAUUAACCAUCCAGUAUUGUAGUGGAUUGCCUUCUCGUGAAAUUGCAGCCUCUCCAAGAUAUAUCUCUAACUGUACACUAGAACCUACUGCAGCUCUGCCCACUGAUGCUGAUGCUGAUGCUGAUGCAAUUUCAUCAAAUAUGCUGUCUAGACUACUAGUGGGCUGGUCACUGCGUGGUUUUCUUGAAGGUGGUUCAUUCAGGUCAUCAUCCUCCUGCUUGUCCGCUUCUCCAGGCAACCUUAGCAGCUCAAGUUUCAGCAUCUCUUUGGCAUUUGCAGCAGUGGUGGUGCUGGAGAAAAAACGAUUUUUAUACCUAAAACAGAAAAAGAAAAAAUGUAGCUGACAAUAGGCGUUCUUGCCAUUUUAACGCAGUCACACACAGUCACACAGUUACAGUCACACACAGUUACAGUCACACACAGUUACAGUCACACACAGUCACACAGUAACAGUCUCACACAGUCACACACAGUCACACAGUUACAGUCACACAGUUACAGUCACACACAGUCACAGUCACACAGUUACAGUAACACACAGUCACACACAGUCACAGGUACACAGAGUCACACAGUUACAGUCACACACAGUCACACACAGUCACACAGUUACAGUCACACAGUCACAGUCACACAGUUACAGUAACACACAGUCACACACAGUCACAGGUACACAGAGUCACACAGUUACAGUCACACACAGUCACACACAGUCACACAGUUACAGUCAGACACAGUCACAGUCACACAGUUACAGUAACACACAGUCACACACAGUCACAGGUACACAGAGUCACACAGUUACAGUCACACACAGUCACACACAGUCACACAGUUACAGUCACACACAGUCACAGUCACGACUGCCACUGCAUCAGCAACACUCCUCUGUGACAGAAGGCCCUCGUGAACCACCAGCUGGAGAGUGUGAGCAGUAGAAGGUAGGCUGGGCAGCUCAGCAUCACUCAUGGCCUUAAUCAUAUUUCUUGCGUUGUCUCGGAGCACUACGUGGACGGACGUCUUCGGUAUGUACCAGGUCUGGAGCAUGCUAUCGAAAGCACCUGCGAUGGUUUGGCUGGUGUGUGAGCCGCGGAACGACUUUGCAUGUAGUGUGACUUGAUGACAAACAAACUCCUCAUCAAUCCACUGCGCCGUUAAACUGAGCAGUGACAUCGGGCACACAUUGCUUGUCCAAAUGUCUGUAGUGAAACUUAAGGCUGAAACCUCAUUCACCAGGUUGCGCACGUGUUUUUUUACCUUGUCAAAAAGUUUUGGCACCAUAACGUCUGUGAUGUAGGGGCAGCUGGGAAUCUCAGAAGACGGCGAAAUCCUACGUUUUUACCCUCUGAUCAGUGUAUUAGACUAGUAUCGGCCCGAUACCUGAUACCAGUAUGGGUAUCAGUGCAUCCCUAAUUAUGAUGAAGCUAUAUUUAAAAAUAUUUAGUUAAUUCUUUGGUGGCACAAUCCAUUUUAAAUUCAGUUCCUGUAAUCAAACCUUUAUCAUAAACACUGAAUAAAAAGCUCUAAAGCCCUCAGCAGAAAGACACACAGACAAGCUGGUGAACACAGUGGAGACCACAAAGGUAAAAGAGUGUAAAUGUUGAACUUACAUUCAUCAGGUGGACAACUCCACAUUAAUGACAAAGUUGCUCAGAUUUGUAAGAUGAUAAUGUGACAGUUGUGUGUCCCAAAGUGGCCAAAAUAAUGAUAAAUUGUAGCUUUAAAGGUCCAGUGUGUAACAUUUAGGAGCAUCUGCUGACAGAAAUGGCAUAUAAUAUUUAUAGGUGUGUUUUCAUUAGUGUAUUAUCAACGGAAUAUUCUCAUUUUAGAAUCGUUGUGUUUUUGUUGCUUCAGAAUGAAUUUCUACAGUAGCCCAGAAUGGACAAAUCAAACACUGGAUCUAGAUAGGGGCAUUUUUCAUACGUAUUUUGGUCACUUUAAUUUAAACUUUGUGGGUAAAGCUGAAAUGAAUUCUUCUAUCACAGUUUGAACUUGAAAUGUAAUGGUAAAUGGUAAAUGGACCUGUACUUGUAUAGCACCUUUCUAGUCUUCCGACCACUCAAAGCGCUUUUACACUACAUGCCACAUUCACCCUUUCACACAUUCACUCAGUGAUGGCAAAGUCCAUCGAACAGAAACUAACACAUUCAUACACAUUCACACACGAAUGCACAGCAAUUCGGGGUUCAGUAUCUUGCUCAAGGAUACUUCAACAUGUGAAGGCAGUAGCCUGGGAUCAAACCAACAACCUUCCGAUUAGAGGACGACCUGCUCUGUCUCUGAGCCCCAGCCGCCCACUACCAAAUGUGUACCUUAAUUUAUUGAAAUUCAGUUCAAUCAGUUCAGUUUCACAAACAAAUUAAUUUUCUAAGCUUCACAUACAAGUUAAGAUUUGGAUUAUGUAUUGUGUAUUAAUUUCAAACUCCGAACCACAAAUAUUAUUGUAUUACAUUCAAACUUAAUAAAUAUAUGUCUGUAGGUUAACAGGUAGUGUGGAAGACUACUAAAGGGGUAGAACCAGUUAUGACAUGAGUAAUGCUGAAUGGUAAUUACAGGCUUGGCACCAGGCAGAUACAGUAGUGGUACUGAUAAACGUUUCCAUUUUCCAUAAGAAGCAUAUUACAGUGGAUGGAUGGAUCAGUAAACCGCCUUGACCACUCCCACUUUGGAAACAUUUAAAGGACAAUGACACCAUACACAAUCCCAUAGUGUUUUACAUUGUUGAAUGUGUUUUUCUUCCUUCCAGACAGUCACUGCUUUCAGUUCAUGUCACUUCACUGUGACAAUCAUAUUAUACACACAUAGUCAUCAUGUCUCCUCUCAUUGUAGUCAAAGUCAUGGUGUUGUUGGUAAUGCAUGUCAAACCCACUGUCUGUCUGAAAUACAAGAGACAACACUGAGUCUGCAGCUGUGCUCAUGCCCCCAUCUGCACAAUGAUGUUUUGAGUUAAAUGUUAAUGUAAGCAUGCUCUCAAUGACAAUGGUUGAAUCCAAAUGUCCACUGUCUGGACUUAUAAGUUGAGCUCUCUCGGACUCUUGUCAUUGUCAUACGCAGUGUCAUCACAUUGUGUCUGCAUCUGGCUUGAGAGGUGAAAAAAUUAGCUAUAAGACGGAACUGAUGUUGUAACAGAGAUAGAGGGAAGGGGUAAAUAAAAGAGCCGUUGUCAGUUUACUAAAUGAUGGAAGACGGGUCCCUUAAAGGAAAAGGUUGGUAACAACUGCCUUAACAUAACAAUGGUGUUGUCACUAUAAAUGGAUAGUAUUGCAAGAUUGCCUAUUUUAGCGACCAGUCAACAUUUUACUGAUAUCUUCAGUAGCAACAGUAGGUAUUUUUUUUAUGAAAUAACGUUUUGUCAUAUUUGUUGAAACUUCCGCGACAGUAGUACAUGCUCCUUAUUACAUUGGUAAGAAUCCACCAUGCCUGAACAAAAAAAAAAAAAUCAGAGCCAAGAAAGACAGUUCAUUGUUGAGUCUCUAGGUUAACAAAUACUUUUGGAGACGACCUGGCAAGAAUAACCAGAUUUUUUUCUACUACUGUCAGGAUGUAGUAAAGCAAAUAUGACAAAGAACAAUUUUGUUACCAACUGUAGUUCCAAUUAACAACAUUCCCUUUUAUGUUAAUAGAUAGGGGACAUGGCUGCAUCAUUUUAGCUUGGUGUGUUAGCAUGCUAAUAUUUGCUAAUUAGCACUAAACACAAAGUACAGCUGAGGCUGAUGGAAUGUCAUUACUGUUGCAGGUCAUAAACCAAAGUAUUGGACAAAGUGAAAUGUUGUUCUCAUGAAUGGACCACAAAAGUAUGUGUGAUACAUCCUGAGGAGAACAUGAAUGUCUGUACAAAUGUUCAUUAUAAACCAUCUAAUAGUAGAGAUAUUUCAGUCUGGACCAAAGAGAUGGACCAAGCAACAGACAACAGACAAACAUUAAGAAAAAUUGUUUCAUGGCAUUUGUUAGUAAAUUCCUGUAGUUCAAUAAUGCAUUACACCAGUGGAUUUUACUGUUUGAUGAUACUGAGGUGAAGAGAAUUAUUUUUAGCACAGAAUGCAUUUUAAGUGGGAAAGUCUUAGUGCCAGCCCUGUAAAACUGAAUAUAGAAUUAGUAGGUCUGGAAGGUAUAUCGGAUGUGUUAAAAGAGCAAUAAGGACGGGACAGAAUGCAGUGACAAAAGAAUGCAGUCUCGUCUGUCAUCUCUAUAAAAGGCCAUUCCUAUUGCUGAUCAAUGACUUCUUUUACUGAUGUUUGUGGACCAGCAACAGAACUGAAGGAUUACACUGUAGACAAUCAACAUGAGCUGACAAUCACAACAAACCACCAGAUGGUUGUAAUUCCACUGUCAAUAUUAAGCGGCUACUGUUAUUCAGUGAAAGUCUUUUGGAACAAAGACAUCCAUGUCUUAAAGUGAGCUAUCUAACAUUAGACUGACCUGCAUAAAAUGAUAUAUGGCUCAGUAGUGACUGAUAGAAUGAUACUGACUGCUGAUUUAAUGGUAGAUUAAUCUUUUUAUUUUGAAAAAAGAAUUGCCUAAAUCAUUACUAAAAGCAGAAAUUAAUGUAUUAUGUUCAAUUUGUACAAUAAUAAAUGUCUCUAGAUUCAGCAAAUAAAGUUAGGAGGUUAGAAAGUAUAAAUGUUGUAGAAAAUAUACAUGUGUUUGUGUUUGGAGUAUUUUCCCUUUAAAGGCUGUCGAUAUGAAGAGCAUCGGUGUGUUAUCUAUAUGGUUUAGAAAAAUCAUGUUGCAACUUCAGACAUAAGAGAGGAAAUGUUCCACAAAAUAUGAUUGUGAAGGAUGAGAUCUCAAUGUAUCUCACAUGCUUUAGUGCCUUUGUACAGUGUACAUUACAUGAAAUAAAUAUUUUCUAAACAAGCUUG